AUGCUUAGAUUAUCUUCGAGGAGGCUACUCAGAAGAUCACAGCUUGGAAUAUUAGCUUCUAGAUCCUUCUCUUCCUCCCUCAAUCUUGGUCCACGCUGGAUCAACGAUAAACCCAGAGCCAGACUCUCCACCCAGAGAAGGGGUGGUGCUCCCGAAUCCAGUAGCUUGGAUAAGAAAUCCAACUUGGACGCCGACGCCGACGAUACAAAGCGUGGCAACAGCAGCUCCUCUCACAAUGGUCAGCACAGUGGCGGUAACAGCAACGGUGACAAUGAAGACGAUAGUGGCAACAACAACAACAACAGCAAUCCAACAUCUCUUACCAAGAACACUCCGCCUUCCUACUUCCCCAGAGUCCUCGCUUUACCCAUUAACCGUAGACCUCUUUUCCCUGGCUUCUACAAAGCUGUAGUUAUUAAGAACCCUCAGGUCGUCGCCGCCAUCAAGGAAAUGAUGUCCAGAGGCCAGCCCUAUCUUGGUGCUUUCCUGCACAAGGAUCCAGACAGCGAAUCUGAUGUAAUCGAUAGCAUGGAUGACUGCGAAUCGGUUGGUGUGUUUGCGCAAAUCACUUCCGCAUUUCCAACUCGCACCGGCAAAUCUGAUGACGACAAGGAGAACAACUCAAAUAAAGACGAAGAGGAAAGCUUAACAGCUGUAUUGUACCCCCACCGUCGUAUCAGAAUCGACGAACUCUACGCUCCAGGUGUUAAACCUCCAAAGCCACAGUUACCAUCAGUCGAAGACGCACGAGACCAAUUACCUGUAGAAGUCAAGCAAGCCGUCCCAGAAGAAGAGAAACAAUUGGAAGAGGCUCACAAAGAACGUCGUAAAGCUCAACAGAGCCAUCCUCUCCAGACUGCCUUCUUGGAACCUUUCAAUAUCUCUCUCGUAGACGUCACUCACUUGAAGUUACCUCCUGCGACAAAACCACACUCGCAGACGACGAAAGCACUCAUGAGCGAACUGAUCAACGUCUUCAAGGAUAUUGCUCAGCUUAACCCCUUAUUCAGAGAUCAGAUCGCUAACUUUAGCGUGUCACAGUCGGCGUCUAACAUUUUCGAGGAACCUGACAAACUCGCUGAUUUUGCCGCUGCUGUUUCACAAGGUGAAAUUAAUGAACUUCAGGCUGUGCUCCAGGCUCAAGAUGUCGAGGAUAGAUUGAGCAAGGCUCUGACCGUCCUCAAGCGCGAGCUAAUUAAUGCGCAAUUGCAGUCUAAAAUUUCAAGAGAUGUUGAAUCAAAAAUACAGAAACGUCAAAGAGAAUUUUACUUGAUGGAACAACUCAAGGGCAUUAAGAGAGAAUUAGGAUUGGAGUCUGAUGGAAAAGAUAAGAUGCUGGAAAAAUUCAAGUCUAGAUCAUCUUCAACGUCUAUACCUGAUCCCGUUCGUAAAGUGAUGGAUGAGGAAAUCAGCAAACUGUCAACACUCGAGCAAGCAUCGUCGGAAUUUGCUGUCACUAGAAACUACUUGGAUUGGCUCACAUCUAUUCCUUGGGGACAGCAUUCAACAGAGAAUUUCUCCCUUCCACAUGCUACCAAUGUACUCGACGAGGAUCACUAUGGCUUGAAGGAUGUCAAAGAUCGCAUCUUGGAGUUCCUUGCUGUCGGCAAAUUGAGAGGCUCAGUCGAGGGUAAAAUCAUCUGCCUUGUCGGUCCACCUGGUGUUGGUAAAACCAGCAUUGGUAAAUCUGUUGCAAGAGCUCUUAGUAGACAAUUUUUCAGAUUCUCAGUCGGUGGACUGACUGAUGUUGCCGAAAUUAAAGGUCACAGACGUACUUAUGUCGGUGCAAUGCCAGGUAAGAUCGUACAGGCUUUGAAGAAGGUUCAAACGGAGAAUCCACUCGUAUUGAUUGAUGAGAUUGAUAAAGUCGGUAAAGGAUACAACGGUGAUCCUUCAUCGGCACUUUUGGAAAUGUUAGAUCCUGAGCAAAACAAUCAGUUCCUCGAUCAUUAUCUCGAUGUUCCAUUAGAUCUGUCUAAGAUUCUCUUCGUAACGACUGCCAACGUAUUGGACACUAUACCUGCACCUCUCCUCGACAGAAUGGAGGUAAUAGAAGUCAGUGGUUAUGUCGCAGAUGAGAAGGCCGCCAUCGCUGAGAGAUAUCUCUCUCCUCAAGCUAAAGAGAUUUCUGGACUGAAGGACGCCAAUGUCGAGCUCUCGCCUGAAGCUAUUGAGGUCUUGAUUAGAUCUUACGCUAGAGAGUCCGGUGUACGUAAUCUCAAAAAGCACAUUGAGAAGAUCUACCGCAAAGCUGCUCUCGGUAUUGUCAAGGACUUGGGAGAAGAAAACUUGCCCGAAGAGCACGCGGAAGAUAUGUCCAAGACCACGACUAUACCUUCUGAAACGCCCAAGCCAAACGAAGUGAAUGCAGGUGCAACGACAGAAACUACAAGCACAGAAUCACAGAAGACAAGCAAGCGAAACAUGUUGGCAGACUUCUUCAGUUCAUCAGCUGAACCGGCCAAGAUUAGUGCGGAGUCUAAUGGAAAGGCUGAUAAGAACACUACGAAGAAUGAAGAAGGAAAAGGGAGAGAGCAGAAGCCGGAAGCGUCUGAAUCUGAUGAAUCUACAAGAGUAACUUCGCAACCAAGAAAGCCACUAGAAAUACCUUCGCAUGUUAAUGUUAAGAUAACCCCAGAAAACCUGAGCGAUUACGUCGGACCUGCAAUUUACCAAAAAGACCGACUAUACUCUCAGCUUCCACCUGCAGGUGUAUCUACAGGACUUGGCUAUCUCGGUAAUGGUAGUGGAGCAGUGAUGCCAAUUGAAUGUAGAUCAUACGCCGGUAAAGGUUCAUUACAAUUAACAGGUAAACUUGGUGAAGUUAUUAGAGAAUCAGCUCAAAUUGCCUUGUCAUUCGUCAAGUCCAACGCCAAAGAACUCGGUCUGGAUAAGGAUAUUUUGCAUGAGAAAGACUUACACCUACACAUGCCAGAAGGAGCUAUUGGUAAAGAUGGUCCAAGUGCUGGCUCGGCAAUCACCACGGCAUUUAUUUCACUCUUGACUGGAUUGAAGGUGGAUUCAAAUCUGGCAAUGACAGGUGAAAUUACUUUGGUUGGACAAAUUUGUGCAGUCGGUGGUUUGAGAGAGAAGUUGUUGGCUGCCAAACGCGCGGGAGUCACUAGAGUUUUGGUCCCACACGCCGUGAAAGCGGAUGUAGAUGCCAAUGUACCAGAUUCAGUCAAAGAAGGUCUAGAUAUAGUUUUUGUGGAGGAAUACAACGAAGUGCUCAGAUAUGCAUUCGGUACAAACCAUCGUCUCGUCCAACAUUGGACUGAAAAUGGCUUGAUGGUCGAUAGGAAUGUCCGCCAUCUGUCAUCUACACCACCACCAUCAUCAAGCGCUGAAAUUAGAACCUGA